AUGAAUGGCUCACAACCGUUUGCGAAUCCGCUGUACUUAACUUCCUAUGGCCCUGCGAUCGAUUCGUUGAGUGAAGGAUCUCUGUAUAGCAUGACGUGUAAGAUGAUUGGCUCCAAUGACCAUAAUCACAACCACUUCCACUUCAAAAAUUCCAACCGCAUCAAUUUUGGAACCACCGAAGCUUUAGGCAACAAUGUACCAGAGGACUUGAUUGAUAAGAUUACUAUGAUUGCAAUGGGAGUUAUUGUUGCAAUUGAUACCGUGAAAGAUCCAUUGUACAAAGGGAAGACGACGGUUAUCGCGACGUUGAAACAUACGGAUUAUGACCCAUUUACCCGCAUGAAUGUUUCGUGGAUGACGCAACACCACAUACCUCCGAUCCGUAAUAUGGAACGCGCACAGGUCCUCUGUGUUAUCGGCCGCGAGGUGCAAUUCACAGGUCUCAUCCGAGAUUACGAUGUCGACAAGUUUAUGUGGGCAUGUGAAGUGAAUGCCAUCAGUGUCACUAGCGGUCACUCGGCCAAUUCCAAGACGUCCCCGAAGGCACCCGGCAAACCAGGCAACGGCAGAACGCCCUCGACGAUGCGACCCAAAGUCACUGCCGGCCUGCAAAGCAGAACGCUGUUAUUGAAAUCAGACACCGACGUCUCAGCCUCUGUGUCAGGUGAAGGGAGCGGUAGUGCUGCAGAGACAGAGGCGAGUCUAACAAUGGAGGUUGCUGCCGAAGCAGUGAAGGCUCCGACUGGGCCGAACAAACGAGCGAGACGGGAAUAG